AUGAUGAGCCCUAGCCAUCGAACUCGGCUGUUCCUCUUCGUAUCAGGAAGUCUUUCCUGCUGCGUUGGUUCUUUUAGCUUCCCUUCUAGAGGAUUCCAAAACCCGCGUACCGCCAGCUCUGCUGUUCGUCUUGUUAGUGGUUCCUUGCGAUUGGCGCCUGACAACUUUCUCGAGAGCAGCUUUCCCGAGCGACGGGCACAACCAGAUGUCGCAGCUCAGCGUGAUUUCCAGCCGCAGCCUCCUCGCCCCGUCUUCAAUGAAGAUCCUGGGCAACCAUUGGCACGAAUUCAACAACAACAACCACAAGUCGAACAAACCAGACCACCAUUUGCGACCGAGUCUCCAUCACAUCCUCCUACCGAUACAAAAAUGGUAGGCCUACAACCAGAUCAACGACCCGACUUUGUAGGCUUGCAACCAGACCAAGAGCUGUUUCAAGAUUGGAACCAAAAUGAUAUGAGUAUGAGCGCCUCUUCAACACAAUCCAGCACCUCGACGGUUCAAGGAAACUCUCGAAAGACUUGGUCGUCUCUGCCCCCUCAAACCAGCGUGCAAGUGAGCUCCGAGGGCCGUCCUGUCUCGGCCAACGUAGAAGUUUGGCAAGGCCCCAACAAUGUUCCCUCCAAAAUGAAGAUUUACAGCGAAGAUGGCGCCAUGAGACCCUGGAAUGCUGCAUUCGCCACCGUGUCAACCAACGGUGGAAGUCCUUCUCUGGAUGUAAAGAACACGGGUCAACUGGAGUACCCCACCACCGUGACUGUCAGCAACAAUAACCCACCUAUCAACAACAAUCAGCACUAUCAACAGCAGCAGCAACAACAAGAUGGCUCCAGCACCGACAACAGAGACACAGUCGAAAGAAGCAACCUCCGUGACAAUAAUGGCUCCUAUUCUUUGCGAGGCCUCGGUCAAACCGAAACCAUUCACAGUGACAACUUGGGAUACUUUUCGCUAAGCGGCAACACCGAACGGGUAGCUGUCGAAGUAUAUUCAGAGGGCCUACCCAUCUACGCUACUGUGGAAUUAUGGCAAGGUCCAGGGAAUAUGAAACAAGUGGCUGAAAUAUAUUCGGACAAUGGCUUGACGAGACCGUGGCAAGCUACCAUCGAAACACCUGGAUACGAAUGUACAUUAGCCAUCAAUAAUGUUGGCCCCAUGGUGUAUCCUUUGACUGCUAGUGUGGUACCACUGUAA